GCUCCGCUCACAACCGCAGCGCCCCGCCCCCGCGCUCUGGACCUGGGCAGGCGGUGGCCGCCCGGCCGCUCCCGGGGCCACAUGGCUGAGGGAGACGCAGGGAGCGACCAGAGGCAGAAUGAAGAAAUUGAAGCAAUGGCAGCUAUAUAUGGCGAGGAAUGGUGUGUCAUUGAUGACUGUGCCAAAAUAUUUUGUAUUAGAAUUAGCGACGAUAUAGAUGACCCCAAGUGGACACUUUGCUUGCAGGUGAUGCUACCGAAUGAAUACCCAGGUACAGCUCCACCUAUUUAUCAACUGAAUGCUCCUUGGCUUAAAGGGCAAGAACGUGCAGAUUUAUCGAAUAGCCUUGAGGAAAUAUACAUACAGAAUAUUGGUGAAAGUAUUCUUUAUCUGUGGGUGGAGAAAAUAAGAGAUGUCCUAAUUCAAAAAUCUCAGAUGACAGAACCAGGCCCAGACAUAAAGAAGAAAACUGAAGAGGAAGAUGUUGAAUGUGAAGAUGAUCUCAUUUUAGCAUGUCAACCAGAAAAUCCAGUUAAAGCACUGGAUUUUGAUGUCAGUGAAAAUCGAACAGAAAUAGAAGAAUUACCUCCGAUUGAUCAUGGCAUUCCUAUCACAGACCGAAGAAGUACUUUUCAGGCACACUUGGCUCCAGUAGUUUGUCCCAAACAGGUGAAAAUGGUUCUUGCCAAAUUGUAUGAGAAUAAGAAAAUUGCUAGUGCCACCCACAACAUCUAUGCGUACCGGUUACUUCCUGGUUCUGGGGCUGUGUUCCUGCUUUGGAGCUAUGGGGCACUCUUCAGGCUACUGGGACACACAGCUAUCGGAUGCUGCGUCAUUAUCUUCCUGGCAUGUGAGGAAAGGGACUGUGAGGAUGAUGGGGAAACAGCAGCUGGUGGGCGUCUUCUCCAUCUCAUGGAGAUUUUGAAUGUGAGAAAUGUCAUGGUGGUGGUAUCACGCUGGUAUGGAGGGAUUCUGCUAGGACCAGAUCGCUUCAAACAUAUUAACAACUGUGCCCGAAACAUUCUAGUGGAGAAGAACUACACAGGUUCACCGGAGGAAUCAUCUAAGGCUUUGGGAAAGAACAAAAAAGUAAGAAAAGACAAGAAGAGGAGUGAACAUUAAUACCCAACACUAUGUGAAAGGUUAACUUGCCUAUAAUUAUAUACAAAUUCCACAGUCAUCAAGGAAUAUAUUGUGCAGAGAGAGAAUCCUGGACUGUUCAAGUCAGCCCAUUCAUUGUGGACGCCAACAUUAUCUUUUCUUCUUUGGUUAUGUCAUCUGCCAAAAAUAGAGAACUUGUGAUAUUUUCAUGUGCGUUUCAGGCUGAUUCAGAAGGAUUAAUUUGAACUUAAUCACCACUUCAUCUAAUUUUAGAAAGGUAAUAGUUGCCCAGGGCAGUACCUGAAUUAACUGUCCAUUUCAGUACAUGUCAAGUGCCUUUGUUAGGUGGGGAAGAAGUAUCUCUAGAGAAAUAUAAAUACCUGAUUUCUUGUCGUUGGGAUUCUCAUUUUGUUAAAUGAAUAUUACCUUUUACUGCUCUUUAUGGCUUAUUGGAAUAGGGGCUCAUUGAAGACUGAUCUUAAGAGUUUCUUCUUGUGAUUUUAGUUCAUAAGUAUGUCACCCUUCAUUUUAUAGUGUUCAUGGAGUAAUGGAUUAAGUAAAAAUCCAGGAGUAUCCAUCUGCAGUUAUGUGCUGAAGUGAUUAUUCAUCUAACACAUCUGUUAGCAUAAGUGUUAUGCCUCAAUUUCUGUCACAGAUUGGUAAUUGUGAAAUUUCAAAAAGUGAUUUUCUAGUCGCUACUUUUUUUGUUUAAUUCUUGUACUGUUAAGCAAUAAAUAUGGUGUGCUAGUAGUUUCCUCCCACUGCGCUGAAAUGUGUUGGUGUGAUAUUCUAGUUUCUUUUAACAACCUGGAAGUACCUUUCUUGUGAUCUUCAUUGAGAAGUUAGAUCACAAGAUGUGGCUAAUGGGUCAUUUAUGGAAUGGGGUAGACAGAACACCACUGGUGUAGGGUGAGAGAAUGUUGUGUAGUUCUGUAAAUGUGAUGCACGUUUCCCAUACACACUCCAGCUAUCUUUCUCAACUCCAUGACUUUGUGGAGAGAAGGAACAAAUCUUUGAUUGGAAAAACAGAAAAAAUCCCUCUGUUUUUCCAUUCUUAUCAAAUCUUCCUUUUAUCAGUGUUUUAUAAAAGUUCCUUCUUUCAUCUGCAAGUUGUGCAAUUUACCUCUAGGCAUCUAGACAAUAAAUUUAUCUCUGAGAUAUAACAAGUCACUAACUGUUCCCUUUUAGAUAAUGAUUGCAAACAAUUAUUAAAAAUUGUUAAUUGGUCACAGAUUUGCCUGAGAUUCCCUUCCAAAGAAAGGGAACAGGAAUAAGGAAACAAUUUGGGAUAGUGCUGGAGCAUGGAAAACAUCAGAGAAAAGUGAACACAGAUUUUUCUUCCUAUUCUCUGAUGUCUUCCCUUUAAGAGAUUCUACAUCCUGACUUGGUAUUUUUAAUAAUAAUCCAAUAAACAGCUUUACACUAGGAUGGAUUCUGAGAAGUAAAAUCUAAAUUAUAUUUGUUGUUAAGUGUGUUUAAUUGUUGUAACCUAUAUUUAUUUAAAACACUUACCUGAGAUUCCAUGAAAAAAUUAAGUAUGUUUUAUGUAUUAACUGUUAAGAUUACUAAAGAACUUAAAGAUCAUUAAUUAACAUUAAAAUAAUUUCACAAUUUUGGCAUGGAAGAAGAUAUAAAACAGUAAGAUUGGUGCUACAGAAAAAUGAGUUAAUUUUUCAGCAACACCAAAUUUGAAUUUCCUUCUAGCUGUUUUAUCUAACAUUUAUUUAGGACUUUACAGAAAACCUUUUUAACUCUGAUCCCAUUUUCCCUUAUUAAAAAAAUAUAUUUUCGCGUCUUUCUUUUUUUAACCACAUUUUCCAGACUGAAAAAACCUAAUAUCCUUUGCCCAAAGUCAGCUAGUAAAAAGGAGAGACCCAAAAGUCUCCAUUCUGGAACCUGAGUUAUUUUACACUCUACAUUACGGACCCCAGCUAGUUAUAGUAUCUUUUUGUCUUUUUAAAAUUUCUCUCGAUUAGAGGGUUUUCAAAUUCUCCAAAUAAUAAUUUUCUAUAGCCAGAUCUAUGCUAUGGCAUAUUUUAUAGUAUAUUGAGUUAGUUAAAGGUAUUCUCCAUAUGCCAGUUUGUAAGGGCAAGUAGCAUCUACUUUUUAAAUGGGAAUAGCAGUGUGAUUUGGAGGUAUAUAUCAUGAAACAGAGCCUAUUUGAAGAGAAAUUAUAUCAAACUAAUCACAACCAAGAAAGAAUAGCAUGUAGCAGAUACUGUUUGGAAAGCAGGUAAAAUUUAUUGCAAAAAUUGUAUAGUCACCUGUAAUUCCACUGUCUAGAGAUAACCAUUAUUAACAUUUGGUAUGUACAUCCUUCUAUUUUUUUCCUAUGCAUGAUUUUGUAUAUAUGGCUAUUUUUCUUUCCAUAAAAAUGGUAUUAAACUGUAUAUACUGUUUUGUAUCCUGCAUAUUUCAUAUAGAAGUAUAUUGUUAACAUUUUCCCAUGUCAAUAAAUAUUCUUCUAUGGCUUAA